AUGGCAGUGUGGAAUCAUACAGGUGUGAAGGAAUUCAUACUGAUCGGCUUAAUGGAAAAUCAUAAUUGGGAGGUUCCCCUCUUCUUGUUUUUCAGCCUAGUUUAUAUCAUCAUUCUUGUGGGUAAUUGGGGGAUGAUUAUGUUGAUCUGUUUUAAUGUUAGACUUCAUACUCCAAUGUACUUCUUCCUUAGUAACCUUUCUUUCUGCGACAUCUGCUACUCUACUGUCAUUGCUCCAAAGAUGCUGGUCAAUUUCCUAGCAGAACACAAGACUAGUAUAUUCUUUGCCUGCUUACUCCAGAGUUUCUUUUUUGCAAUUUAUAUAACCACAGAGGUCAUUCUCCUGUCUAUGAUGGCUUAUGAUCGCUAUGUGGCAAUCACCAAGCCAUUAAUGUAUACAGUUAUUAUGACCCACCGCAUCUGCACGCAGAUGGUUCUGGCAUGUUACUUGGGUGGCCUCAUUAAUUCUCUGAUUCACACAAUAGGUCUGCUCAAACUGGACUUCUGUGGUCCAAACAUUGUGAAUCACUUCUUCUGUGACGUCCCUCCUCUUCUGAAGCUUUCUUGCUCUGAUGCACACAUCAAUGAGAUGCUGCUUUUGAUCUUCUCUGGAGUGAUUGCUAUUUUCACCUUUAUUGUUAUCAUUGUGUCCUAUAGCCACAUUCUCACUGCCAUUCUGAGAAUUCGCUCCAUAGAGGGGAGGCGCAAAGCCUUCUCUACUUGUGCCUCACACCUGACAGCUGUGACAUUAUUUUAUGGUUCUGUGGCUUUUAGUUAUAUCCAGCCAAGCUCUCAGUACUCCAUGGAACAGGAAAAAGUGUCUGCUGUGUUUUACACCUUGAUCAUUCCCAUGCUGAACCCUCUGAUUUACAGCCUGAGGAACAAGGAUGUGAAGGAAGCGGCAAAGAGGUCCAUUUGGAUGGGGAAGAGCAACUCUUGA